CCUUGCCCCACUCUUCUCCCAAAGUAUCUCUCUUUAAUUAGUUUAAUACACCAAUAUGAUCAGCACACUUAGCUUUAAAUUACAACUCUCUAUCACUUCCUUUUUUUUCUCUCAACUCGAGGAAGAAGAAGAAGAUCGAAAUUGGAGAAAAGAACAAAUUGAUUGGAUUGAGAGAUGGCGAGUACGAGCAGCGGUUUGAAGCCGUCGCAAUCUCGGAGGGUCACACGGGCGCCGACGCGUAUGGUGGAUCUCCAAAACAACGAUGAGAAAGUGAUCGACAGCGAGCUCGUCCCCUCCUCCCUAGCCCCUAUCAUCCCUAUUCUCCGCGUCGCCAAUGAGAUCCAGCCCCUAAAUCCCAGAGUCGCUUAUCUCUGCCGCUUCCAUGCGUUUGAGAAGGCGCAUUACAUGGAUCAAAAUUCAACUGGACGCGGUGUUCGCCAGUUCAAGACAUAUCUCUUGCACAGACUUGAAACGGAAGAAGAGGAAACGGUGUGUAUCCUUGCAAACAACGAUCCAAAAGAAAUUCAGUUGUUUUACCAGAAAUUCUAUGAGGAAAAUAUCGUAGGCAGCGAACAUACAAAAAAACCGGAGGAGAUGGCUAAGAUUUUUCAGAUUGCAUCAGUAUUGUAUGAGGUGCUGAAGACAGUUGUACCUCAUGGAAGAACUGAUGAAAAGACAGAAAGAUAUGCCAGAGAUGUUGACAAGAAGAAGGAACAGUAUGAACACUAUAACAUUCUUCCACUGUAUGCAGUUGGGAUUAAACCACCAAUCAUGGAAUUUCCGGAGAUCAAAGCAGCACUUAAUGCACUACGUAAUGUGGACAAUCUUCCAAUGCCUAGAAUCCGUGUGUCUCACGGUGGCCCUGAUGACAGUCCAGUAAUGUCGGCAGAGAGGGUUAAAUCUAUCAAUGACAUACUUGAUUGGCUUUCAUCAAUCUUUGGAUUUCAGAAAGGGAAUGUAGCAAACCAGAGGGAACAUCUAAUAUUGCUCCUUGCCAAUAUGCUCAUACGGAAGAAGGAAAGUGAUCAUACAGAGCUGGAUAGUGCCACUGUACAGAAGUUGAAGAUGAAGAUUUUCAAGAAUUAUACUUCAUGGUGUAAUUAUUUGCGCGUUGAAAAAAAGAAUAAGACUCCUCGAAAUUGUGACACAAUGCAGGUAGACCUUAUUUAUAUUGGACUUUAUCUUCUCAUAUGGGGUGAAGCUUCAAAUGUCAGAUUCAUGCCUGAAUGCCUUUGCUUCAUCUUCCAUAAUAUGGCACACGAGGUACAUGGGGUAUUAUUUAGCAAUCUCCACCCUGUUAGUGGAGAAACAUAUCAAGAAGCAGCUCGUGAUGAAGAAUCUUUUUUGAGGGACGUUAUAGCCCCUAUCUACCAAGUCUUGCUCAGGGAAGUUAAGAGAAACAAAGGAGGCAAGGCAAGCCAUUCAGGAUGGAGAAAUUAUGAUGAUCUAAAUGAGUACUUCUGGUCUGAUAGGUGUUUAAAGCUAGGGUGGCCAAUGAACCCCAAAGCAGAUUUUUUCAUUCAUUCAGAUGCAGUGCAACCUGCAAAUGAGUUCAUUUGUAUUUGGCAGAGAGUUAAUCAAGCUGCUGCUGGAAAGAGAAAGCCUAAAACAAAUUUCGUAGAAGUCCGCACAUUUUUGCACCUUUACAGAAGUUUUAAUCGAAUGUGGAUAUUUUUUAUAUUGGCUUUCCAGGCAAUGUUAAUUGUUGCAUGGAGUCCGUCUGGAUCUCUUGCUGCUUUUUUCGAUGCAGCUGUCUUUAGAAGUGUUUUGAGCAUCUUCAUUACUUCUGCUUUUCUUAAUCUUUUCCAAGCCACUCUGGAUAUAGUUCUUAGUUGGAAUGCCUGGAAGAGUUUGAAAUUCAGCCAAAUACUACGAUACCUUCUGAAGUUUGCAGUAGCAGCUGCGUGGGCUGUGAUUCUGCCAAUUGGUUAUUCCAGUUCUGUGCAGAACCCAACAGGAUUGGUGAAAUUUUUCAGUAGCUGGGCUGGGGAUUGGAGGAAUCAUUCAUUUUAUGAUUAUGCUGUUGCACUUUAUUUGAUACCCAAUAUCCUCUCUGCUUUACUGUUUUUCCUUCCACCUUUACGGAGACACAUGGAGCGUUCAAACUGGCGGAUUAUCACUCUUGUUAUGUGGUGGGCUCAGCCAAAACUUUAUAUAGGAAGGGGCAUGCAUGAGGAUAUGUUCUCUCUGCUGAAGUAA